ACGGCCACUUCAGCCUCAUUGCCUGCUGGAAAGAUGAGUGGAGACAUGACUGCCGACCGGGGACCAGGAAUCAUUGCGGGGAACUUGACAGUUGCUAUCCUGGCGACUAUUGCCGUUAUUUUACGCUUUAUAGCUCGUUCUAUGAAAGGAUGCGUCUUUGGAUUGGAUGACUGGCUGAUUCUACUAGCCUUACCAUUUGGAUGGGGAAUGGCUAUUUCAACCAUAAUUUGUGUGAGGCAUGGACUAGGAAAACAUCUAGCCGUGGUGGAGGCUGAAGACCCAACACAGCUUUUUGUUGAAGGAAAGGCAUACUAUGCAUCAGAACUGAUCUGGACCAUCUCGAUCCCAAUUAUCAAAACGUCGAUUUUGUUGUUUUAUAUCCGCAUAUUUGGCAAAAUGAAGUCUUUACGCUACACAGCUUAUGGCUUGAUGAGCUUUACAUUUGCCUGGGCUAUCAUGGUUAUUUUCGUGAUUGUUUUCCAAUGCAAUCCAGUAGCCAAAGGAUACAACGCCGAAUUGCCUGGGAAAUGUAUCAACUCUUGGCUAUUUUUCGUUCUGGGCAGCUCAAUGAACUGUGCAACUGAUCUGGUCAUUCUCAUCCUUCCCAUGCCACUUAUAUGGAAGUUGCAACUUUCACGUAUGCAACGCGUCUCACUUCUCGGAAUUUUUGUUCUUGGUUCUCUAUCCUGUGUCUUCGGUCUUGUGAGAUUAGGAACCAUAGUGCGAGAGAAGAACAGUGUGGAUGAAACAUGGGCCUUGUCAAAUGUAGCCAUCUGGUCAACAGCAGAGCCCUGCCUAGGCAUCACCGCUGCUUGUAUGCCUGUCUUGCGUCCUCUUUUUACAUCGGCUAUCUCCGUCGUCACACGCAAAAGCACCAAUAGUGACAGUCCAAGUUCAUUCAGCCACCAUCAGAAACUUCAAUCCAAUGAUUUUUCUUCUCAACAGAGCCAGCCGGGGCAGCUACUCUCAGAUCUGGGGGCUGAUAUUGACUUGGAGGCGGAUUUGUCACGGGAUAGCAAUGACGCACAACAAAAGGCCUUACCACACCAAUGGAUCCAG